UAGACGUGUGCUUCUUCAGAUAUGGGGAACCAUGUGAUAUGGAGAUUAUGCCUUGUUCCAGGCCGGUGGGAUCAUCAGUAGUUUCAAAAACGCCGCAGAGAGAUGAGGCAUUCGAAUGCUAUCUCAAGGAAGAUGACAGUGCAAUGAAACUGAAGAAUAAACUGAAGGAGAAGGAGGCGGCCAGAAAGGCUGGCCAAGAAGUACUGAUGGACUUGGUUUUGCAGCACAAGCGAAUGAAAAAUGAGAUGGAAAGUGCGAAAUUAGAGCUUCGUAAGCAGCAGAACAUUCGGCACCUGACAGACAACGAAGUUUACGACGACGAAGGCAGAGUGCUUAUUCCAGAGAUAGAGCAACGUUUGUUCAAUGUCGUGACAAAUCUGGAAAAAAAUUUGAGCAAUAUCAAAUGUCAGGUUAUGCAAGCCGAAGAGGAGUUACGGCAAUUAGUCGAGGACGAACUUGAUGCUAGUUUUGAGCUCGAGUGUGCGUUUCAAACCUUUUGUCAAAAGACUUAUAACCAGGUAGUACCAAAAUUAGAAGAAGAUAAAUCGAAAGACGAAGCUACUGCGCUGGAACCGAUCGAUGCUACCGAGCAAAUGAGAUUGCAGUUUGUCAACCUGCAGAAAAUGAUGCAGCGUAUGAUUGAAAACAAGACUGCACCGAAGAAAGAAUGGCAUGGCUACAUGAAAAACCAGAGAAAAUGAUGUUGAAAAUGAAAAUCACCGAAAAACACCACAAAUUAUUGGUACGCCAGCCCCCUAGACAUCCCUAAUUAUAGACAAAUCAGGGUACACAUUUACUCCGAGCGGCCUCGAGUUUCGCGGCGAUAUCAGCCGCGUGCUAACAAAAGAGCAGCGCAACUGCUCAGAGUGGACUUGUACCUUGAUUUGCCUGUAAUUAGGAGUCCCUAUGGGGCACAUCACGGAAAUAACCCGGUACACAGUAGCACAGCCGAUUCAAAGAACAUAAAACAAUAACUAAAUAAAUUAUGAAUAAUCGUAGCGAAUAAAAACGAUUUUCCGAAAGUUUGAAAACGUUUCUCGUCGGUUUUAGUUUUUUGUCGCCAAGCUACCUUACAUACUUUUGAAAAACAAAUUUAUCAGUAAAUAUUAUUAAGAACGUGACAGUAAAUUUGAAUUUUUCCGAUCAAUGAAAGUCAACUCAUACAAGCUCCCGUAUGAUCAAAUCAAGUAGAUCUGAUAGGGCAGUAGCCUAAUUAGUGCGGAAUGCACGAGUUAUUGCAUGUCGACUGCUGGCAAAGGAUAAUAAAGGCUUAGAUGCGACAGCAGUGCAACUGUACAAAGAUAUCGGUAUUC